UUUGUUACAUGUCAGUACAAAAGCAGACCUUCAUCAGAGACAUCACAAAGCCGGAUAUUUCUGAAAAAAUGGAAACAGCUGGAAAAGUAAUCAAGUGUCGUGCCGCUGUCGCAUGGGCCGAAAAGCAACCUCUUACCUUGGAAACUAUCGAAGUAGCUCCUCCAAAAGCCGGCGAAGUGCGUCUCCGUGUUCACGCAACGGGCGUUUGUCACACCGACGCUUAUACUCUCGGCGGAUGCGAUCCCGAGGGCAAAUUUCCCGUCAUUUUGGGACACGAAGGAGCUGGCAUCGUCGAAAGUGUCGGUCCCGGCGUUACGAAAUUCAAACCUGGCGAUCACGUUAUUCCGCUUUACAUCCCGCAAUGCUUCGAAUGCAAAUUCUGCAAAAGUUCAAAGACGAAUUUGUGUCAAAAAAUCCGCGUGACGCAGGGAAAUGGAGUGAUGCCCGAUGGAACGAGUCGUUUUACGUGCAACGGCAAGACUUUGUAUCAUUUCAUGGGAACGAGCACUUUUUCCGAAUAUACUGUCGUUGCGGAAAUUUCCUUGUGCAAAGUUGAUGACAAAGCCCCGCUGGAUAAAGUUGGUUUGUUGGGAUGCGGAAUUUCGACGGGAUACGGAGCAGCUUUAAAUACGGCAAAAGUCGAGCCGGGAAGCGUUUGCGGCGUUUGGGGACUUGGAGCUGUGGGUCUUGCGGCAAUUUAUGGCUGUAAAAAAGCGGGAGCAAGUAAAAUUAUUGGAAUCGAUGUAAAUCCCGAUAAAUUUGAAGUUGCCAAGAAAUUCGGAUGUACUGACUUUAUUAAUCCCAAAGACCAUCAAAAACCCAUUCAAGAAGUUGUCGUCGAGAAAACUGACGGCGGAUGCGAUUUUACCUUCGAAUGUGUGGGAAAUGUCAAUACGAUGCGUGCCGCAUUGGAAGCUUGUCACAAAGGAUGGGGCGUUUCGACAAUAAUUGGAGUUGCGGCGUCAGGACAAGAAAUCGCAACGCGCCCAUUUCAACUUGUAACGGGACGCGUUUGGAAAGGAACUGCUUUCGGAGGAUGGAAAAGUGUCGAAAGUGUUCCGAAAUUAGUCGAUCAAUAUUUGAAAGGAGAGCUGAUGAUUGAUGAGUUUAUUACGCAUACGUUGCCCUUGGAGAAAGUUAAUGAAGCUUUCGAUUUGAUGCACGCUGGCAAGAGCAUUCGGGCGAUUGUUACGUUGAACUAAUCGCAUUUUUUAUUUUUAUUUUUCAAUAAAAAGUUCAUUUUUUUGCAUGAAAUUUAAAAGGG